UAAGCAGAAGUUUAAAAUGGAGGAGAAACUGGUUUUUCUUCUUGCUUUUGUUAUUCCUCUCUCAUGCUCUGCUCCUCCUCCUAAUUUUGUUGUCUUUUUAGCUGAUGAUCUUGGUUACGGGGAUUUGAGUUCAUAUGGCCAUCCUACAAUUAUCACACCAAAUAUUGAUUCUCUAGCUGCUACUGGUACUAAGUUUACACAGUUCUAUUCAGCCUAUCCAAUCUGUACCCCAUCAAGGAGUGGACUACUAACUGGUCGGUUACCAGUAAGGAAUGGUAUAUUCACUGAUCAUUCAUAUCCCAUUGAUAUGGCAUUCAGAGUAUUCCUCCCAUCAAACACAGGAGGACUACCAUCAGAUGAAGUUACAAUACCUCAAGUAUUGAAGCAAGGAGGCUACAACUCAGCACUCAUUGGUAAGUGGCACCUGGGUCAUGUUUCUUGUUUACCCACCGAGAGAGGAUUUGAUGAGUUCUUUGGCCUUCCUUAUGCUCAAGACGAGGGAUGUGCCCCUUAUUUCUGUCCAGAGGAGGACAGACUUUUAUCAUGGCCUGGUGUUCCAUUAUAUAAUAAUACUAAGAUUAUCGAGCAACCUGUCAAUUUGAAUACCCUAACACCUCGUUACAAUGAAAGAGCAUUGGAUUUUAUUACACGGAACAAAGAUAAUCCAUUCUUUCUCUUCAUGUCUUAUGAUGAAGUUCACGUUCCUUUAUUUGCAAGUAAAGACUUCCUUAACACUUCUGUCAGAGGACUGUAUGGUGACGCUACAUUAGAGAUGGAUGCAAGUGUUGGUCUUAUCAUGAACAAGUUGAAAGAGCUUAACUUGACCAAUAAUACACUAGUGGUAUUUACUAGUGAUAAUGGAGCAUGGACAAGGAAAGAACUAGAUGGUGGUAGUAAUGGUUUGCUUAGAGGACAGAAAGGAGAAACUUAUGAAGGGGGAAUAAGAGUGCCAACUAUAUUCAGCUGGCCUGGGAAAAUACCGUCUGGGAAAGUUUCAAUGUCACUUGGUAGUCAUUUGGAUUUAUUGGCUACGUUUGCUGAGCUUGCAAGCGUCAAACUGCCCAAUAGGACUUUGGAUUCAUACUCCCUUGGACCACUUCUUCUUCAAGACAAGGAAAGCCCACGUGAAACCGUUUUCUAUUAUCGUGGAAAGACUCUGAUGGCCGUCCGCUAUCGUAACUUUAAAGCUCACUUUGUUACUCGUUCAGGCUGGGGAGAGGACCCUCCAAUAAGACAUGAUCCCCCAAUUCUGUACAACCUUGGAACAGAUCCUUCAGAACAAUAUCCAUUGCAAGCUAAACAGUACGAAACUGUCAUUGACCAGAUAACAAAAAUAGCUCAGGAUCACACAAAAUCAGUGCUACCGCUGCCGAAAUCUCAAUUGGAUGAAAUGGAGGACUUUAAUAAGAACAUACCUCCUUGUUGUCAGCUGAAACCGGUUAGGAACUGCACCUGUGGAUAGUACUUUGAAUAUCAAAGUAACUAUUAUUAAUGUUAAAGUUUGCUGAUUUUUCUAAUUUAUUAUUAUUAUUAUCAAGAGUAGG